AUGCAUCGCUGCGAACAGGGACGUUGGCCUUGUUGCCAACGCUCGCACAUGUUGUCCAAGACAAGGCCUUUCGAAGUGGACAGUGGUGGCCGGCAGCCCAGCUGCAGAGUCUGUGGCUCCUACCUCACAGGGACAUGGUUCCGGGUGAAGGUCAACACCCUGUGGCCCCCCGGUGCCAGCCCAGUCCUGCCCACGCGCAGGGCCCGCGCAGCCGCGGAGCCUGCAGGGACCGACUUCAGCCGCGCCCGCCCCGCUGGCCCCCGUGACCGUGGGGAUGAGGGCCUGAUGGGGGUCUUCUUCCUGCAUGUGACAGGUCUUCUGAUGAGUCAGUGCCCAUUUGUAAACAAAGCCCGCACUCAACUGGAGGUGGUCACGGCCAUGCCCGUGCUGGGGUCCUGGCGGCGCCUCUCCCGGGUCCUCGGUCCUAUGGGUUUGUGCAACAGAAGCUGGAGACGGGUUGUCCCAGAAGCCGGGACCAAGCGGGCCUUGCCCCCCCGCCUGUCCCGAGUGAAUGGCUGGUCGAGGCCCCUGCACUCCUUCCAGGCGGUGGCCUGGGUCACGCUCCUCAUCAUGGCCAUUGCCAACUUCGGCAUCUUCAUUCCCUUCCUGCCACGUAACUGGAAGUACAUUGCCUACGGCGUGAAUGGCGGGCUUUUCUUUCUCCACUUCUUAGUCCACUUGAUUGCAGUUUCCAUCGACCCGGCCGAAGCCAACGUGCAGUUCAAGAAGAACUACUCCAAGCCUAUGCCGACCUUCGACCGGUCCAAACAUGCCCACGUGAUCCAGAACCAGUAUUGCCACCUGUGUGAGGUCACCGUGAGCUCGAAGGCCAAACACUGUAGCGCCUGCAACAAGUGUGUCUCUGGCUUUGACCAUCACUGCAAAUGGCUCAACAACUGUGUGGGGAGCAGGAAUUACUGGUACUUCUUCUUCUCCGUGGCCUCCGCCUCGGCUGGCCUGCUCUGCCUGAUUGUCAUCCUGCUCUACAUCUUCAUCCAGUUCUUCAUCGACCCGGAGGAGCUUCGCACGCACCCCUACUACGAAAAGGUCUCCAACAAGAACACUUGGAUGCUCUUCCUCCCCCUUUUCCCUGUAAAGACAAAGACCCCAGUUGUCCUGGGCAUUGGGGUGUUCGUGCUGCUGUUGGACGUCAUCAGCCUCCUGCUGCUUGGGCACCUACUUAUCUUCCACCUCUACCUAAUGGUCAAGAAGUUGAGCACAUUUGAUUACAUGACACAGGGCCGCCAGCAACAGACUCCAAAAGCUUCAGCAGGAAAGGAAGAGCUGUCCUUCCAAAUAGGAUUCCCACAGGUACAAUCUGAGCACAUUCCCUCGCCCUGUCCAGCUGGGUGCGAGCUGUCUCCAGAAACAACCAAGACUAAACCCGGUUUUGGACAGUUGGUGCAGAUGCAGCGCACGGGCCGGGGACCUGCAGAAGUCGGGGUGCACGCGUUGCACAGGGGCCCGGGGACCCGCAGAAGUCCCGGGGUGGACGCCUCCCAGGGGCUGGAGACGCAGAAGUCCGGUGCGACACAGCACAGGGCUGGGGAGCUGAAGAAGUCCAGGUGUGCGAGCCAGACAAGGGCUGGGGACCUGGUCACUCGCCGCACCUCGCGCUGCAGCCACUGCUGGCGCUCUGAGUAG